GAUUCGGCAUUCGACUCAUUCGAUCCGGUGCUGUAUUUUGCUUAUCAUCACUAAAAUUACUUGGAAGCCUGCAUUCAGUUGUUGAUAUUUGUAGGUGGAAUACCUUACAAUAUAAGGAACCGAACAUGGUGACUCGCGUAGAAAUUAAAGGGAUGGAUGCAUUCUCAAAGUACACCGAGAGCCUCAGUAGUUCGGGGCCGCCGGUGUUUUUCUUUUUCAGCGGAUCUAAGUUGCCAAAUGGAAGUAGCUGGUGCCCAGAUUGCGUUGAGGCUGAACCUAUAGUGCAGGCUUACCUGAACGAGUUACAGAAGAACAUUACUUUUGCAUAUGUGGAUGUUGGAGACAGAGACUACUGGAAAGACAAAAUGUGCCCAUUCAGAACUGACCCCCGCACCAAACUCAUGGUGAUUCCGACACUGCUCCGAUGGAAAGGAGUCCAGAGGCUUGAAGGUAGCCAGUGCAACAAGCGUGAUCUCCUCCAGAUGUUAUUCGAGGAAGAGGAAGAAUAAUAUGCAUAUUAAUUUAUAGGGUAAAUUAUCCCAUAAAAGGCAUAAACCAAUAAUGUAUUUAAAAAAGUUGGUAAUGCUGACAGGGUAGCUUACCCUAAAUUAAAAAGAUUCUUAACUCAAAAUACACUAAACUGUACCAACUCAUUGUACUAAGGGUUUAUUAUAGUAUCUGUUUAGUUGUAUUUUGGGGUGAACUUUGUAUUUCAUAUAAGUAAAAUUGGCAUGCUUUUAUAAUCUUUUAUGUAAAUAUAUGAUUGUUAAGA